UCCAACAUCAAAUCAGCAAAAAGAUUUCCAAUCAGUGAGAUAAUGGCGCCCGAUCAACUGAGUCGUAGAGAGAACACCACACGCGAGAGAGAGGUUCACUUGGAGGAAAACUGAGUCCCUAAGAUGGCAACUCACUUCGACUCCCUUGCCGAGAAAUUGAAACAGUCGGAUGACGGUGACAUUAAUGUCGGAACCGAAAGAAGAAAACAUGGUGAAGAGAGGGCGAGAGAGCCUAAUUACGCCAUUGGGAAAUUCGAAGUGAGAGGUGGGCCUGGACAACAGAUCAGAGGUGCUUCAAUGAAGUCUCAGGGCUUCAAACACGAGAAGAUCGAUGGAAAUAGACAAGAGAGAGGUGCUUCAAUGGAGUCCAAGGCCAAACGUGAGCAGAGUGCAGGUGCUUCAAUGGAGUCUAUGGGAAAAUGCUAGAGCGAUAAAGAGACAAGGCAUAGCAUGGAAACAUCGAUGAACAUGGAUAAAGAAGAGGGUGGCGAGAAACAAGAGAAACUAUCUCUAGAAGAGAUAUCUAAGCUAAGAGGAACAGAUCAACAGAAUUCGAUGGAGACUUUAUGCGCUGCCGAAGAACGGUAUAACAAGGCCAAGGAAUCAGCCGCCCAAGCGCUUAAUACCGCAGCCGAGUACACCAAAGAUAAGGGUCAACAAGCAAGGGAAACCGCUCGUCAAAGCGCUCAGUAUGUGGCGAAGAAGGGUUGACAAGCGACGGAUACUGUUCGUCGAGCUGCUCAGCAGACGACGGAGAUGGGUGGACAAACGAAGGACACGAUCGUCGAAGGUGCAAAAAGACUUCACAAUACAUUGCGGAGAAAGGAACCGAGACCAAAGACAGAACUCUAUCGAGUGCAGGCAGGACUACAGCGGACUAUACGGUGCCGAAAAUGGAACAGACCAAAGAUUACACAUUGCAAACGGCGGUGAAAGCGAAAACACCGCAGUUGAUGUUACUAAAAUCGUCACCAGUUAUACCGAAGAAAAGGAAGUUGCUGCCAAAGAUGUUACGGUAAGGAGGCAGCUGGAUUGGCGGGGAAAGUGGUUGUGGAUAUGAAGGACAAAGCCAUAGUAGCCGGGUGGACUGCGGCACAUUUUACCACCGAGAAAGCGGUGGAAGGAACAAAGGUGGCGGCGAGGAUGGUGCGGCAGAGUAUGCCGGCCAAAAAUGUAUAAACAUGGGUGAGUUAGUCACUCUCACAGUGAAUUGCCUCAGUGAUUUGGUCACAUGUCUCUGGCCCGAACCUAAUGGGU